UCAAGCGUAUCUCGGGUCUGAUCUACGAGGAGACCCGCGGUGUGCUCAAGGUCUUCCUGGAGAACGUCAUCCGUGAUGCCGUCACCUACACCGAGCACGCCAAGAGGAAGACGGUGACCGCCAUGGAUGUGGUGUACGCUCUCAAGAGGCAGGGCCGCACUCUGUACGGCUUCGGAGGCUGAACACCACCAGCAGCAGCAGCACCGGGAUCCGACCAACAAAGGCCCUUUUCAGGGCCACGCACCCCCCAAGAGAGCUCACAUCCACUCAGUGUCCUGGUCUGUCACCCCCACCUUCCUAGGACCUGAUGUCAGACAGAGACUGACUGGAGGAUCACUAGUUCCUGCAAACUCGUUUCUUUUUGUCCAGAAACCAUCCGGAGCUCUCAGCAAGAUUA